UGGGAGGUUUACACCACGACAGUUUGUGAUGUCAGACUGCCGGCAAGUGCCUACGAUUCUCCUCUUCAUGGUCGCUGUUCCAGCCUGCUCUUGCUAGCUUUAUUGAUUUCCUUUUGGACAUUGUACGCGCUUCGUUGUCUUGUGGACUUUAACCGAGUUCGUAUUCAUCGAAAUGGCUACGUUGUCGAAGUCAGUUUUGCUUUACCUUGCAGUCAUCCUAAUCGUUGCCGCUUUGGUCAGCGACGUGGAAUGCUCGAGGAACUCCCGCCCCUACCACAGGCCACGUGGAAGCAGUCGGCGACUCGGGAUUGGACGUGGGCGAUCCCAGGACAGCUUGCAGAGAGAACCAAGCUACCACCAUGACCCUGCACCAGAGGUCCCAUCCGCAACACAGGUCAGGAACGCAGGAAGGUGGUUCCAGAACUUCAUCGCCAGCAAGGAUCCCAGCAACAACCCUCCCAACCCAAGCCCUGAGCGUUCAUCCGACCUUCCCGAACAUCGAGAGAAGGUGAUCGUACGCCCACCCAUCAUCAGGAAAGGUUCUAUUGUCACGAGCCCAAAGAUAACCAUGAUUUACUUGGAGACCGUACAUGCCAUGAAGAGGAAUACCUCAAGAGAUCAUCAACCGUCUCGACCUGGUGCACCGGAAGAGGCGGAUGAAGAGGUAGUCACCAACGAAGCCACCACACAUCCAAGUAGCUCGAGACCAAGUAGGACACCUAUUACUGCGGAUGAAGUUCGUAUCCAGUGUGGUGGACCGAACGAAGCGGGAAAACCCGAUGAAUGCUACCGAUUCGAGCUGCCCGCCGAACUCAACAACAACGCCAUUGUUAUUCGUGGUGCGAUCGUCCUCUUGCCGGCGGGUAACCGCUCCCCGACUUCCCGUAACCAUGACAACACCAGUCCGAGAACUGUCCAUCACAACGUCACCAUCGUGGCCAAAUUCCCGACGUCGGGAGAAGGUGCUUACAGGGAGAGUAUAUCAGUUCAGAACAUCUCUUAUGACGCACCAUGGACGUGGAAGAGUGCCUCACUUCCCCAAGGAUCCUCACUUGUUUCCAGGGCACUUCAAGAGGACAACACGCUUCUUCUGAAACUCUCUGUGAUCAGCAACGACAAUGGCAACCCCACCAUCAGCAACUUCAUCCCCAUGGAGUCAAACAAGCUGCCCGUACUGGUGGUCGACGUAGAAUUCAACGGGACGAACCCCUCGACCGCCUCCUCGUCGACGACGACGACGGCGACACUGCGAACGACUCAACUCAACGUCGUAGAAAGACAGAUCCGGGAACGAAGAGCGGUAGCAUGGCGUGGAACUGAAGAUUUCAUGCCAAACAACACAUUGACAUGUUCUGGGUUUCCAGGUUGUUGCCGUCGGACGCUGGACAUUUCUUUCUCGGAUCUUGGAUGGCACUGGAUCAUAUCCCCUCGGAGACUUACAACAAGUGUUUGCUUCGGGUCAUGCCUCACACCAACCAGUUCCAUGACCUUCGAAAGCUUCAUGGUCAACCUCAUGCAAGUUGACGGUCCAUCGCCGCAGCAUGACCGCAAAUGUCGUCCAUCGCGCAGCGAGGAUUUCGACGCGCUGGUAUUUGCCGAAACCGGAGACAUCCAAAUCAUGCGAGUUCCCAAUCUCAUUGUCCACGAAUGCUCGUGCAGUAAGAAAAGAGUACCGAAGAUCAAGACGCCACCCGAAGAGGCCACAACCAAUAAAACAUCCUCUUAAAAUAGGAAGCACACGAGGACUCGGUCACUGUAUCAUUAUUAUGAUAGCAGAUCCAGAUAAACGGGUAUUUUAUAAUUAAUGAUCGGAUUAUGUUAAUCACCCACUACACCGACGGCACAAAUGCAGAGGCGAUUGCAGUUAUAGCCCACUUUCCUUAUACCUUCUUGAUUAAGAUAAACAUUGCACAAUUUGGAAAACAAUAAUUUUUAAAGGCAAAGUGCGCUCUUUCACUUAAACUUUUUAAGUGGAGCUGCUCGAGGAACUGUUUCCAAACAAUCUAUUUGCUAAUAUGCCAUUUAAUGUGCUAAAAUUUAUCUUUUAUUAUUGUAGUUUACUUACCAUUGAUAAGAAUGUGAUCGAUAAUUGUAAAAGAAGCUGUUAAUUGUGUUGAAAAUCGAUUUUAUGAUUAUUUUGUUAUUUCUUUGUUACUUAAGUAAACUAGCUAGUGUUGGUGUCGCGGUGACAUGAACAAAACCAAUAUCAGACCGAUAAAACUAAUAAUACACCUUUCUUCAAUGACGUACUAUCGGUCGGUAUGGGGUAUGUUUCGUUCAUGUGACUAAAGCCAUGGUAGCAUAACCUUUUGUGAAGACAUCAAAUGAUUUCAACGUUGCAUUUUUCCUGAAAAAUCCUUGAACUAUGACAUACGCCACAAAUGCGAACAUAAAUGAGGAGCGAAACAGAUGUAAUUAAGUGCAGACACUGAGUCGGCGUGAACUUCAAAAAAGUCACACAUGUCGAAUAUCUUCUCGUCUUCCUGACGCAAAUCAAAAGGGGUGUCUUUUGUUUAUAAAAGGGUAAUGUAUAUUUAGCUCUAAAAUUCUUGAUUGCUUCGUAGAUUUCUCUGAAAAGUCGAAUGUGAUAAUUUAACUUGAAUGUUGCCCGAUAACCUGAAGAAGAAUGCCCGAAAAAAGGGUGAACUGAAAUUUAUUAAAUGUUGAUAGGAAUGAAUAAAAGAUCGAUAACAAUGGGAUUUGUAAUAAAAAAAAGUUUGAUAUCAUAUCUAUAAUUGAUGUAAAAUUCAAUUUGUUGUCUCUUUUCCAAUGGUGUUCAAAACAGUUUGAACAGGAUAUUUUGAAACCGUAUUUUAGUAGGAAACAUCGAUACAAUAAAGAUUGUUGUACUA